UUUUCGUAGGAUGUCUUUCGGUCUCUGUAAUGCUCCUGCCACCUUCAUGAGGUGCAUGAUUGCCAUUUUUGAAAAAUACAUUGGCCACUUCAUGGAGGUAUUCAUGGAUGACUUCUCUAUUUUUGGGGAAACGUUUGAAAAAUGCCUUGAAAACCUGGAAAAAGUACUUAUCCGCUGCAAGGAAACCCAUUUAGCCCUAAGUUGGGAGAAAUGUCAUUUCCUUGUGAAAGAGGGUAUAGUACUUGGACACAAGGUGUCAAGUAACGGGGUAGAGGUGGACCGUGCAAAAAUUGAGACGAUAGAGAAACUUCCUCCACCAACCACGGUAAAAGCCAUCCGCAGCUUCUUAGGACACGCGGGCUUUUAUCGUCGUUUUAUAAAGGAUUUCUCUAAAAUCGCAAAACCUCUCACCCGGUUACUUGAAAAAGAUGCGGUUUUUAUAUUCUCUGAUGAAUGUCACCAUGCUUUCCAAGCACUUAAAACACAACUGAUCAAUGCACCGGUGCUUGUGGCCCCAGAUUGGAGUUUACCCUUUGAACUCAUGUGUGACGCUAGUGACUUAGUAGUGGGGGCCAUUCUUGGUCAAAGGAAGGACAAGAACUUCCACCCAAUCUACUACGCUAGCAAAACUCUGUCAGGGCCACAACUCAACUACACUACCACCGAAAAAGAAUUCCUUGCUAUUGUUUGUGCUUUAGAGAAGUUUAGGACUUACAUCAUUCUUUCGAAGGUUAUUAUCUAUACCGACCAUUCGGCCAUUAGAUAUCUCCUCCAAAAGCAUGAUGCUAAGCCUAGACUGUUACGCUGGGUUCUUUUGUUGCAGGAAUUUGAUAUUGAAAUCAGGGACCGAAAAGGAUCUGCUAAUCAGGCAGCUGAUCACCUCUCGAGGUUAGAUGCCGAGUUAGCAGAAACUUUCGGAAAAUGCGAAAUUGAGGAACUUUUUCCUGCUGAGAGACUGAUGGCAAUAUCCGCCAAGGAACAAACACCGUGGUAUGCCGACAUUGCCAACUACCUUGUUGGUAAAGUCGAGCCUACUGAACUGACAAGGCACAUGAAAAGGCGGUUCCUAUCAGAAGCAAAGCACUAUUUUUGGGAUGAUCCAUAUCUAUUCCGAAUUUGUGCUGACCAGGUGGUGAGAAGAUGUGUUACUGAAGCUGAGGCAAAGGACAUUCUGGAGCAUUGUCACAGCGGUCCUACUGGGGGCCACUUCUCAGGGAAUAGAACCGCAAGGCGGGUUUUGGACUGUGGGUACUUCUGGCCCACGAUUUUUAAAGAUGCUAAUGAAUUUGUUUCCUCUUGUGAUAACUGUCAACGAAUCGGGAACAUUUCUGGGCGCAAUGAGAUGCCCCAACACUUUAUCUUACCUUGUGAGGUAUUUGAUGUUUGGGGCAUCGACUUUGUUGGACCUUUCCCAAGCUCAAGAGGAAACAAAUACAUUCUUGUGGCCAUUGAUUAUGUUUCUAAAUGGGUUGAAGCCCAGGCCUGUGUCACCAACGACUCUCGAGUAGUCGUGAAUUUUCUGAAAAAGCUCUUUACCAGAUUUGGUGUGCCCAGGGUUUUGAUCAGCGAUAGAGGGACUCAUUUCCACAAUGACCCAAUGGCUAGAAUUUUGGCCAAAUAUGGAGUCCAACAUCGAAGCGGAGUAGCGUACCACCCCCAGACUCAAGGACAAGUGGAGAACGCUAAUAGGGAUUUGAAGUCCAUUCUGGAGAAAACUGUUGCCCAGACCAGGAAAGACUGGUCGACUAAACUUGACGACGCUCUUUGGGCAUUUCGGACUGCUUACAAAACCCCGAUCGGAACCACACCUUUUCGCCUUGUAUACGGGAAGUCUUGCCACUUACCCGUCGAACUCGAGCAUAAAGCACUUUGGGCGAUGAAAAAUGUUUGUUUUAAACUAGAUGCUGCAGGGAAGGAACGAUUUUACCAGCUGAAUGAACUGGAAGAAUGGAGAGCGCAAGCUUUUCAUAAUUCCAAACUUUACAAGGAACGAACCAAACUCUACCAUGAUCAACACAUCAAGGCUCGUGAUUUCAAUGCUGGAGAUAAAGUGCUGUUAUUCAACUCCCGGUUGAAGCUCUUUCCAGGAAAGCUUAAGUCAAGAUGGUCCGGACCGUUCAAGGUCAUAAAAGCUUACCCCUACGGAACCGUUGAGAUUGAAGAUGCUAAUGGGGGUCCCUUUAAAGUCAACGGCCACCAACUUAAACUCUACCAUGGCGGCCCGAUUGAAAAAAGCAAGGAGAUUCUCUAUCUCCAAAAAUUUUGAACCAAAGGAGGACAUUCGUCAAGCUAGUGACGUUAAAGAAGCGCUCAUUGGGAGGCAACCCAACCAAAAAAAAAAAAAAAAAAAAAAAAACUAACCCAAAAAUAUUUUACUUUGUUUAUUUCUUGCAGAUGUCUGGAGGAAGACGUGACGAUCCCAUUUUCGAGGAGCCACCACUAGGACGGGAAGACCCGCCGCCACAGCCUGAUAUCCCCUUUGCUACUAUUGCUGAUCGCAGACGCUUCCAGGCAUGGGGGCAAUACCGCACACUCCUUCCUCCCAUGAUCCUGGACCCGACGAUGCUAGAGGAAUGGGGGUACUGGGAUGACAUUGAUGCCCUGCUAGGAGACUCUUUAUGGCGGAGGAUUCUAUUCGUUCAGGAGAGGGCCAGCCUUCCAUUGACGAUGGAGUUUCUGUGCUCCGUUCAGUUCACUCAUUACGGACAGGCUGUGCAGGAGGGUGCUGUUAUUGGGUCAGAGUCUCGGAUGAGGUUUACUAUUCUAGGCAUGGAGCACUCCAUCACUGUGGCUGAGCUCGGAUGGAGGAUGGGGCUCUAUACCCCAGCAUACACACAGACUGAGGAGUUCCGUGCUCUUCCGACCCGCUUACCCGAGGCAUUUGACAUUGAUGAGUUCUGGCACAGACACUCCACAGACACCAGAUCAUUUCUCCGGAUGCACCCCCAUUCGAACAAAUGGAGGGAGACUCACUGGUACAUACUCUCGUUCGUACUUUCUUGUGGUUUUUUUUGGACGACCUAACAACACAAACAGGUUGUCCAAAAAGGACAUACUAUUCUUUUGGAGUUUGAUUCACCGCAUCCCGGUGAAUAUGGCUGUCCUUAUGGCUCGUUUCUUCCGGAGCCAGGGGAAGACUGUGCGGCGCACUAUCCAGGCAGGGCCUUUCAUCACUACUCUCGUUAGAUCAUUCUACCCAGAUCUAGACAUUCCAGGACUAGUGCACUUACAGGAUAGCAUCCGCGUUCUUCGAUCCUCAUCCUUUACCAACAUGAGGAUCAAGAAGAAGCGGAACACUCAGGAGCUCCCAGGUAUUGAGCAGCCGACCCAGCAGAGUAGUUCUUCUCGACCCUCAGGACAUGAGGGAUCUAGCGAGCCCUUUUCAUACAUGCCUAGCGCCGCAGAUUGGAGAGCGAUGAUGGAUGGGAUGAGGAGUCUACAGACCUCAGUCUCAGAGAUGCGGGUUGCACAGGACAGAGGAUUCCAGGAGAUGCGAGAUGCGCAUGAGACGGCCCUGGGAGAGUUCAGAGACUUUCGAUUAGCUCAGGAGAGAGCCACCCGGGAUAUGCAGGCGGAGCUAGAGACCCAGAGGCUAGAUAUUGAUGAGAUGAGAGAUUGGCUUAGGCCACACUAUGGCCCCCAGGAUGGCGCAGGCGAUGUUUAGAUUUGCUUCUUCCUUAACAUUUUUAUCAUGUUUGUUUGUUCUUCAGGUUGGACAUUGCGCUGCUCUUUUGACUUGAAUGCUCUUACAAACUGACUAUGGAUGAUGUAAGGAUUUUAAAAAACCAUUUUACUCCUGUUUCAUUAUUCCUCUUCACAAAAUCUUUUCAAAACUCAAGUGUGAGGAAAGAACCAAAAAAAAAAAAUGUGCCUUUAUUUCCCAAUUUUGUGCCUCAAAAGAAGACCUCGAGGGCGAGGUCCAGCUCAAGUGUGAGGAGGUUGCGUUUUACACUCAAAAGUCAAAACCUUGUUUUAGAACAAUCUUUUUACUAUUUUUGAUAUGAAACAUUAAUUUCUCAAUUUGUUAUCAAUUCACAAAAUAGUUUAGAAAAUCACCCUUAUUAUAAGAAUUUACUAUUAUUAUUAUUUUUGAAAACUUAAAAUUGUUAUGGGUUUUUGGUUGCGAAUGUAAAGGUCUGAAUUUGUUUUAAUUGGACAUUCAUUUUAUUCAUUAAAAAAAUGUUACUAUUAAUAAACCUCUUCAAAACUCAUUGUUAUAGGACAAUUCCAUCUCCGAAAAGGGGCUCUGUUUCAUUCGUUAAUCACAGUCUGUGAGAAUGAAAUAUGCAUUUACCAUGGGAUAACACCGCCAACAAGAGUGAAAAAGAGCAAAAAAAAAAAAAAAAAAAUUGGUGAACAAGAUGAAUGUCCAAAUUAGAAUAAUGAAAAUCUUGGGAUAAGGAAUUGAUUGGUGGUUUAACAUAAUAAAUAGUUUUUCUUAAGUAAUACUAAUUUUAAAUUCUUGUAUUUUGGGUGAUUUUUCUAAAAUGUUUAAAGAUUAAGAAUAAAAAGAAGAGGUUUUUGUUUCUACUUCUUUAAAAUAGCAAUUAGAUUGUAAUACAGUUAGGCUUUACCUUUUGAGUGUGUUUACAACUAAUUCGUCGCUUGAGGACAAGCAACGCUUAAGUGUGAGGAGAUUGAUAAGUCCAUUUUUGAACUUAUUUUUCUUAUCAAAUUUAAGCGAUUUUUGAAUGAAAAUAGAAAGAAAAGACACAUUUUAUAUAUUUCGGUUCAAGUUUCAUGAAAUCAGGUAAAAAUCACAUCCAUAAUAUGUUUAGCGGGAUUUCGGGUCAAUUGAGCACAAAAUGAAUCAAUUUGAGUGACAAAUGCAUGUAUACUGGAAGAAGCAAGCAUUUUAUCAAGGUGAUUCAGAAGACAAAAAUGAAGAGCAGGAAAAGCCGCAUCUGCCAGACAAAAAUGGCAGAAGGCGCCCAAAUAGGCGCCCAAAAUGGAGGCCUUCGCGACCGCCUACGGAAAAAAUCAGAAGUCAACCUCGCUUUGACUCGGGACCAGGAAAAGACCGAAGGCUACCGACACUGGACAGAAGGCGGCCGCCUACGGUGGCCGCCUGCGGCACAAGGGGACGAAACCAACCACCGGUCGGCCAGACAGGACGGCAGGCGGCCAGACAGGACGGCAGGCGGCCGCCUGCUGGACCGCCUGCGGCGGCCGGGAUCCGCCGGGAUCCGCCGCGAUCCGAUUUGACAAUGAAAAGACGGCAGGCGGCCGAUGUGUGACGGAAGGCGGCCGCCCUCUGUGGCCGCCUACGGCUGACGGGGACCGGCCACCGACCGCUGUCGGCGACGAAGACGGCAGGCGGCCGGAGAGAGGCGGAAGGCGGCCGCCUGGUUGGCCGCCUUCGGGGAAAUUUCUCCUAUAAAUAGCCCGAUUUUUCCUCAACUCAAACACACCUCUUCCAACCCUAAAUCAGUUCAAAACACCUUCUUUCUUCCUCCAUUUUCGAGCUCCAAAGGGUUUAGAGAGAGAGAGAAACUUCAAAUCUUCAUAUCUUCUUCAUUUUAGCUCCAAAUUGUUUAUUCUGAGCUCAAACAGGUCCAAGAAUAUUUUAGGGACCAUUGGUGAACAUCACAAG